UUUUCACACGGAUAUUGAACCGUCGCUGGAGAGUUCAGUGUGCGCCUGGAGCGUGAAGGACGUCGGUCCUGGUGAGAAACAGCGAUAGUGCGUGUUUUUCUACCCCCCCACCCGGGUUUACAUAGCACCUUACUGCACGCCCCUUCCUGAUGCUGAAACUCCCUUGGCACAUGGUACUUAAAGCGCAGGGCUCCGCCGGGGACGCGUCCGGCAUGGCUCUACACGGGAAAGUGGCGCUGGUCACCGGUGGCGCGCAGGGAAUCGGGAGAGCUGUUGCAGAAACCCUUCUGAAAAACGAAGCGAAGGUUUCACUUGUAGAUCUAAAUCAGUCCGUUGGAGAGAUGUGCAAAAAAGAUUUAGAUCAACAGUACGGUGAAGACAACUGUAUUUUCAUCCAAUGUGACGUGACGGACCGAGGAAAACUGCAAGAAGCCUUUCAAAGCACGGUUGAGAGGUUCGGAAGACUGGAUAUCGUGAUCAACAAUGCUGGAAUUAACAACGAGAAGAACUGGGAGAAGACUAUCGAAGUGAACCUCACAUCUGUUAUAAAGGGCACGUAUUUAGCACUGGACCACAUGAGUAAAGAGUAUGGGAAGGAAGGAGGAGUCAUCAUCAAUGUGUCAUCCAUGGCAGCAUUCCUGCAUUCUCCCCAUCAGCCGGUAUACACAGCCACCAAGCAUGGAGUGAUCGGCUUCUCCAGGGCUAUGGCUGACGCGUCGGAGCAGGGACAGUACGGCGUGAGGAUCAACACCUUGUGCCCAGCCUUCGUGGACACCCAGCUGCUCCGCACCGUCGAGCACGAGGAGACCAUGGGAAAGUUUGUGAAGUUCAAAGAUGAGUUCAAAGAGAGGAUGGAUAAGUUUGGCGUUCUUAAGCCUUCACUGAUCGCAGAGGGUAUGAUGCGCAUCAUCACAGACGAAAGCCUGAAUGGAGCUGUGAUGAAGAUCACCUGCUCAAAAGGAAUUCACUUCCACACGUACGAGCCACUCUCCGCCUGAUGCACGCCGCACAGCCAGGCUGCUGUUAGGACUGACAGCUGCCGUGUAAUCAGGGUCUGAUUCAAAGUUCACUGUGGCCCAAGUCACAAAUCCAACAGUCCUACACCAACCAAGACCCUCUCAUGGCUUCGGCAGGGGGAUCCUAAUUCACACAAAGCAGAACAGCGUGACAGGAUGACACAAGUCAUGAUGGCCAAACAGGAACGUCCGUUUUCCACUUCAACACUCGGCUUGUGGCUAACAUUGUGUGCCUAAAGAAACUGAGAAUCUUACUCUGUGACAAGCUUCCUGCUCAUGAAUUGCCACAGGAAGGAUAUGUGGAUAAUCUUCCUAAGAUUCAAAUGUUCCCAUUCCAUGAUUUAAGUCAAUACAAAAGAGAAAGAUAUACAAGUAUUUUAGUAAUGUUUUAAUAUGUAGAAUGGUUCUGUUUGUUUUAUUUACUUUUGCUGUAAUACCAUUUAAUAAUCACUUGUACAAAGUAUGCAGAAUGAUUGAAACAGAUUUUUUUUUUUUUGUAGUAGUCCUUAUUUUAUUUAUUGACCUUAAUUAAUGCUAUAUGUUCUUAAACUUACCUCAGUAAUACCUUUUAAUUGUACUUUCAAUAUUUUAUUAGAUCACUUCUGCCAAAGAACAGCUCAACUGUCAACCCAGUGUUUACACCCUGCUGGUUCUGUAAACAUCCAAGGCCUAUUACAGUUUAUGGGAUUAAAACCUCCAGAAUCAAAUCUAAGUUAAAUCAAACUGUAUAAUGACUAGAACAAAUGUUUGGACUAUCUGAACUUAAAUAAAUAUUUUUAACCUCAAAAUGAGAA